CUCUCUCUCUCUCUCUCUUCCUAUUUUUAUAGAAAGCUGAUGAUUCGGAAAAUAAUUGGUUUGUUCGAUACACCAAACCGACGAAUCCAAGAGAUCGAAGUUAUAAGAGAUGUUAAAGAGAAGGGGUUGGAUGGCUCGUUGGACCAUCGACCUCCGGGGAAGGAGAGCUGAUGAGCGCUCUAAUUAUACGUCCUUUUCCCCUUAAUUAUACCUGAAUUCUUUUCUUUCCCGUUUCUCGUCUCCACCUAACCUUAUCAUCUUCUCUCUCUCUCUCUGUACAUAUAAAUGAUGCAGCCCAUCCAGAAGCAUGUACUCCAGCCUCCUCCUCCUCCUCCGCCCAUAGGAGCCUACCAAGACCAUGGGUCUCCCAACCUCAAUGGCACAAGCGAUUGUGAUUAUUGGGCCAAUACUCACCACCCUCUUCUCCUUCUUAUCAGUGCCCGCUGCUGCUCGUCUGCUCAAUGUUACUUCACCAGAUUUAACAACAACAACAACGACAAGAAGCAGGAACCUAUUAGACAACGGCCCAUUGCUCAUUGCUCAAAUGCGUAUAUAAUAACCCUGUGCCCCACCCAUUGCUCAACUUACAACAAGGAUUCCCAAUUCCCAAUUCCCAAUUCCCAGGUGGAUUUCAUCCAUCAAACAUGCCUUGAAGAUCCAUCAUAUCGAAUCAUGGUUUGAACACCUGGGUUUUAAAUCAAAAAAGGAAUCGGGAUCUCAAUUGGGUCUUAUCGAUUCCAAUCCUAUUCUGUUCUGGAUUUUGCCUGAACCCUAGAGAACCUAGACUGGACCGCCCCACCCGCAGGAAUCAGUUCAGCUAAUCCAUGAUUCAACCACCAAUGGGGCCAAAUUGAGCCUACCCGGAUCUUCUACCAUUCGACUUGUACAUAUGGAGAUCUAUAUUCAUGAUGCUAAUUUCUUAUGCUGUUUCAUAUUGAUUUACUUUAGAUGACUGUUGGGCUGAACUUAAUAGAGAUUCACAGGGAAAUUUGGUUCCUAAUGCCACAACCUUUCCUUCUGGUAUGAAGGCUCUAGCAGAUUAUGUCCAUGGCAAAGGACUCAAUCUUGGAGUCUACUCCGAUGCAGGGACCUAUACUUGCAGUAAGACCAUGCCUGGAUCACUAGGCCAUGAAGAACAAGAUGCAAAAACCUUUGCCUCGUGGGGAGUAGACUACUUCAAAUAUGAUAACUGUUACAAUACUGAUACCAGCCCAAAGGAAAGGUACCCAAAGAUGAGUCAAGCCUUACUGAACUCAGGAAGGUCUAUCUUCUUCUCCUUGUGUGAAUGGGGGCAGGAAGAUCCAGCUCCUUGGGCGCCCAGUUAUGGAAAUAGUUGGAGGACAACUGGUGAUAUUGAGGAUAACUGGGCGAGGUAAAAACUGUUCUUUAAUGUAUGAAGCCCUAAAGAGAUGGGCCUCAACCACUAAGAAAGGGGACAAACCCAAAAAGGGGGGAAAGAACUAAGGGUGUCAAUCGGUUCGGUUUCGGUUUGAUUCCAAAUGACGAUAUGAUGGACCAUAACCGAACCAAGAACCAACUCGAUUCCCUAUUUAGAUACUCAAACCGAUUCAAUUCGGUUCGGUUCAGUUUUGGUUAUAAUUCGGUUAUGAUUUUUGGUUUUAAUUUGUUUCUGUACCUCGGUUUUAAUUCGGUUAUGAAAAAUUGUUCCACUUUUGAACCAUGACUGUGAUGGACCAAAGGCCAUAAUGGGCUAAUGUUACCGACUCGGUUUUCCAAUUUUUGUCUUACACAUUCCAUCAAUCAUGAGGAGUAUCAAUAAGUUGGUAUCAGUACUUGAAGAAGAUAUCAGAAGAAUUCAAGCUUUAAGAUGUCAAGACAUGAAGCUCGAAGACUUUGAAUAUCAAACAAAAAGAAAAGAAGAUGAAGUGCCGAGUUGAAGGUUCAAGUGAAGAAAAAUACCACUAGGAUAGUUUGCUCGUUUUUAAUGUAAUUUGUAACUUCCACACAUAUAUAUAUGUGCACUCACCAUAUACAUGUGCAUUGUAUCA